AAAACGGUCCUCAUGCGCAAAGGCUUUUUAAAAGAGUGUUUUAGUUUAUAUUUCUAGCGAAUAACUGAUAAAAAACAGUGUCUCUGCAGAGUUUUCGUCCUUCUGGACAACAGGGAGAUCAAAUAGAGUAUUAAUGAGGGUUUAUAUUGGCACCAUGUCUCCUUAUUAUUAUUAUAACUGAACUUAUCAAUACUAUUAUUAUUAUUAGGCAUAAUCACUAGACUGUGCGCAUGGUCGGGCCGGACGGGAGCGCGUGCGCGGUCCAGUCCUGACGCAACAGCUCCUAACUUUUUUUUCCCCCUUUUUUCUUUUUUUUUUGCAUGCCUGCUUUCUAUCCAUCAGCCAAGAAGCACAUUAAGGAACUUAGUAUUUUUCGUUUUUUGUCCACGUUUGGAGACUUUUCCCCGUUUUUUCUUCAGUUUUUUUUGUAAAACCAGUCCGCUGAGCCGUUAAGGAUGUCUUAAAGCGCGCAGCAGAGGAUCGAAGCGGCUAACGGUGGAGUUUAUUCCCUCUUUGCCUUCUUUUUCCUCCCCUUUCCUCGCCUCGGCUCCGCGUUGGUGUGUAUGGACCGUGUGGAGGGCAGCAGCGGGUAGAUUAUGCUGGCCGCUGGGCACCAUGGGGGCGAACAGUGGCAAGCAGAGCGGCAGCGAAGGGAAGGCCAGUUCCAGCAUUUCCUCCGACCUGAGUUCAAGUACGGAUCAGACAUCCACCAAAGCUCCAAAGAAUGCAGCUACCAGCGAAGAUUCUGACGUGAGCAUGCGGACUCUGAGCACACCCAGUCCAGCUCUCAUCCUUCCUCGCUCCUCGCCUGCCCUCUUCAAUGGCUCCUCCACUUCCUCUUCCUCCUUCACCGCGGAGACGGUUGCAAUGGUGCAUUCUCCACCUCCUGCAGGCCUUACACACCCGCAGCGGUGCCUACGGCAGCCCCGGGACCAGCAGGGGGCGCCCAUUGACAUUCUGCCAGACCACGCUUUCCUGCAGAUCUUUGCCCAUCUGCCCACUAAUCAGCUGUGCCGCUGCGCGCGGGUUUGCCGCCGCUGGUACAACCUGGCGUGGGACCCGCGGUUGUGGCGGACCGUGCGGCUGACGGGUGACGUGCUGCACGUGGACCGUGCUCUGCGGGUGCUCACGCGCCGGCUCUGCCAGGACACGCCCAACGUCUGCCUGACGCUGGAGACAGUGGUGGUCAGCGGCUGCCGCAGGCUCACCGACCGUGGCCUGUACACGGUGGCGCAGUGCUGCCCAGAGCUCCGGCGCUUGGAGAUGGCUGGCUGCUACAACGUGUCCAAUGAGGCUGUGUUUGAGGUGGUCUCACGAUGCCCUAACCUGGAGCACCUGGAUGUUUCAGGAUGCUCUAAGGUGACCUGCAUCAGCCUGACCCGAGAGGCGUCCAUCAAACUCUCUCCUCUGCACGGCCAGCAGAUCUCCAUCCGCUUCCUGGACAUGACCGACUGCUUCGCCCUGGAGGACGAGGGCCUGCACACCAUUGCGGCUCACUGCACGCAGCUCACGCACCUUUACCUGCGCCGCUGCGUGCGCCUGACCGACGAGGGCCUCCGCUUCCUCGUCAUCUACUGCCCGUCCAUACGCGAGCUCAGUGUUAGCGACUGCCGCUUCAUUAGCGACUUUGGCCUGCGCGAGAUCGCCAAGCUUGAGGGUCACCUGCGCUACCUCAGCAUAGCGCAUUGCGGGCGCAUCACAGACGUGGGCGUGCGUUACAUCGCUAAGUACUGUGUCCGGCUACGCUACCUGAACGCACGUGGCUGCGAAGGACUCACGGACCAUGGCAUCGAGCACCUGGCCAAGAGUUGCUCCAAGCUGAAGUCUCUGGACAUCGGCAAGUGCCCCCUUGUGUCGGACGCGGGCCUGGAGCUGCUAGCACUAAACUGCUUCAACCUGAAGAGACUUAGCGUGAAGGCAUGCGAGAGCAUCACGGGCCGCGGCCUGCAGGUGGUGGCGGCUAACUGCUUCGACCUCCAGCUGCUGAACGUGCAGGACUGCGACGUGCCGCUAGAGGCACUGCGCUUCGUCAAGCGCCACUGCAAGCGCUGUGUCAUUGAGCACACCAACCCAGCCUUCUUUUGAACGCUAGAGGCCAAUGAAAAGGGCUAGAUAGAGUGGCUCCUGCCUGAAAGCCUGAUACAUAGAAAGAAACAGCUGUUUUUAGAGGAACACUUCCCCUAAAGAUGCUAAUUUGGCUACAGUGAAUGGAAGCUAAUGGGGAGUAGCAGAAUCUCAUUUGCACAGUGCUAACUAGCCAUGUUUCCAUUCGUUAUUAGCACUUUUGGGUGAAGUAUUUCAGCAAGUUCUGGAUACAGUACAAUGUCAAGACAAUCUUCAUGGGAGUCUCAUGACAAUGUUUUUAAUAAAGCAGCACACUGAAUGUGAUGAUACACUGCAAAGACAAAAGACUAAUGAUUAGCAAUGAUUAGCAAAUCUUCAUUCCGAUUGUGUCGAUUGUUCCCACAGAGCUGUAUGUUCUUUAGAAAGAGCAGCAGAAACACGUCUGUUUCCUUAAAUAGUGAAACAUGAAGCGUUUAGGGAUGUGCAAUCUGACUAAUUUUGAUAAUGAGGAUCAUAUAUACAGUUAACCACCAGGAAGAAAAAUAAAUGACUUUUAUUCUGAUAUUAGCAUAUCAUAACACACAGACAGGGUAAAAAUACAGUAAAAAGAACAAAACCUAGCAGCUCACAGAGGUGGUCAUCUGAAAACUUGUCUUAUUAAAAAGUAACAGCCCAAGGAAAACUUUCGGUCACUCUACUUGUGUAACGGGCUGCCUUGAAAGAGUUAAUUAGCUAACACUAGCGCCAGACCCAGUGCAGCACUAGAUGGUGACGAUUUGUCGUCCUCUAUACAAAACGACUUGUUGGUUGAGGUAAAAUUUACAACAGUAAAAUAUCUUUUCAUUGUUUUUGGUACUAGAUAACACCGGGGAGAAUUUCUAAUAAGCAGAACUGACCCUCAUUAACAUCUUCCAUGUUUGUCAGAUGCUAGAAGGCAUUGCUGAGUGAGUCCAAAAUAAAUGGGUUCCUGUGGAGCUUUUGUGGAAAUCGUAGUUUGUGUGUGCUUAAUCGUUUUCAUACAGAAAAAUAACAGCAUUAAAUAUUUCAACGAAAAUAAAAGAUUUAAAGCUAUUUUCAGCACUUUUGAACUCCUGUUUUAUGACUUUUUAACUGUUUUAUGGACAUUCAUGAUGCCCGUAAUGCCAACCGAUAAGUGUGCGAUACCAGUAAUGUGAGUGUUUUUUCCCCCAAAACCUGUUUGAUGUGAAAAAUGCAGACAUGCUCAUAAAGUUUUCUUCAAGUUUUUAAAGAAAAACUUACUUUUUACUUUCCUAAGUUAAAGAAUGUUCCUGUAUAAAGGCUAGAAACAUGUUUAAUAUUUUAUUUUCAGCCAUUUUGCUCCAUUUAUGCUUGUUUAUUGAGGACUUGCUCGGGGGCGCCCUCUUGUAUUUUGGAGUCAUGCUUUUUGUUAUAAUGGGAGAAAUAGGAAGUGGCCAGGCUAACCCUAAACCCCAUGUGUCCAACACAAGGCCUCUGGGCCAAGUCAGUCCUAUUUGGCCUACAAAAGUGUUUUCAUUUUCUAUUCUUAUUAGCCCGUUUCACCCUAAGAUGCACUACAGACCCCAGCAUGCACUGCAACAUAGUGUGCGUUCUGACCCCCCUUCCCCCCAACAGGAAUCUAUGGACCAGCGGUUACACAAAAAGAAAAGAUGCCUGGUGUCUAGUUCAAGCAAGCAGGCAGCUUUAAAAAUACCUAAAACAAUUUUAUUUUUAUUUAGAAUUAUUUUUAAAUAAGUAUUCAGUGCCAAUUUUGCUGUUGCAGUUUUGGCAUAUUUUGAAGAAACAAUGGCCCAUUCAAGUCAUGGCAGAAUGAUAAGGAAAAAUUAAAUAAAAACACGUGGUCCAUGGAUUUGCUGAGAUUUUUUAACAUGGCCCUUUUAAUGGUUGAGUUUAACAAUCCUGCCCUCAACCUUCUACGCCAGCUAGAGCAGUUAGCCGAGUUGGGUCAUUCUCAUGAAACAGCCUCAGGUACUUGAGUGUCAUAAUCAUCUUGCAGAUAAACUGUGUUCAUAUAAUUUAGUAGAUCAGUUGGAGCUGUAUAUGGUACAGUAGAAAGUUAAAUAGUUAAAUUAUUCUUUUUUAUAAUUCAUUUUUUUGAUUUUUUAUUCUUUUUUACCCCAUUUGUCAUUACUGCAGUGUGUCCACAUAGAUAAUUAUCCAUCUUUAUUUUUAUUCAUUUUUAUGCUACCUUUAACCCUGAAUUUUAAUGUUUUCUUUGUGAACUCAUCACAUGUUAAUGCUCAUGUUUCCUUGUAACAGUAUAUAGGAUAAUAACUUAAUCUUAAAGCUGUAUUAUCUAAAUUUUUUGGUUAAAACUGAAGUAAUAUUGCUAAACCAGGAAAAACCGUUUAAAAUAUGCUGUUUGUAAAGCCUGUAAAGCCUGAAAAAAUAAUUUAAAAUCAGAGAUGUUGGGUUGGAUUUUGUGGGAGAUUUUCAGAUGAUGUCAUACGUCUUUACAUAUUAACGUCACACGCACAGGAUCAAAAAGAAUAAUUGGGUCUCAAAUGCAAAAUCAACAUUAUACUGAUGAAGAUAUGAUGACAAUAGUAGAUAGUUUACUCACAUCGUCAGAAGACACGUCCUUUACAAAGUUUUGAUUGAGUUCUCUUUGAAUGCUCUUACAGUGUCCUCACAAACAUUAGGGAAGCGGUCUGAGGCACAACCCACAUUCCAAAACCAUCUUUUGCAUGUUGAGUGCAAUUACACAUUUCCACCAGAGAGGGCUCCAAAUCACCAAAGCUUACAUUGUGCAGCAAGUUCAUGAACUGUUGGCCUGUAUAUUUUCUCCCUGACUUUCUGUGACGCAACAUAACACUGGAAUAGUGAUUUCAGAAUUCCAAAAUUGGCACCUGGAAUGGUGAACCAAAUACUCCAUUGCACAUCCCUAGAAGCUUUUGUCUUUGUAUGUAUGAAGCAGCAGAUUUCCUUGAAAAUGGUCACCAAAUUUUGUAGCAAACUCAGUUUAAUGUAUCCAGACCUUUGAGUGUCACUGAUGGAAACUUCCACUGUCAUUUAAUAUGAC